GUCUCAGACCGAUGCGCGCGCGGCGCGGUCCUCGCGUUAUUCCGUGUGUUCGAUAUUCAAACUCACGCAUUGACGCGAACGUUCCAAAUUCGAAAUUUGAAAGCGAAGUUUAUCGAUGGUCAAUGACGACUGUGAAUAUAAUCUGUUUUUAUCAGUGAUACGUGAACGUCGAUAUAGUCGCAAUUGGUGUUUUAAAGUGUAAACUGAAGUGUAUUAUAAAAAGUGAAUCUGUCGGCGAAAAUGGUAAUGGAGUCCGCGCAACCUAACGGGCGAUUUUGGCCCCUAUCGCCUCGUUUGUGGCGUCGGAGCAACGAAUAUUCCAAGGUGGUAUUCGAACCUAGAAGGCCACCGACUUCGCCGAUAGAGUUUAGGAAGAACAAAAUAGAUCUGACCCCAGAUUUAUUAAGAUCCAGAAGUUUCAUUAAAGAUAGACUGGAUCAUUUAAAUCUCGAGGAAGUGGAUGAUGAAGAUAAUCAGAUCGAUGACAGGAAUCGAUGGAGUGUCGACUCGAAGAAACCGCCGAUCAAAGAAACGAAAAAAAUCGAAGAAGUGGUAAAGCUGAGAGCGAAGAAGCAGAGACAGCCGCGACCGAACAGCUUGCAGCUGUUGCUCUGCCCCUCCAGCUCGGGACACUACAGUAGCAACACCUGGAGAUACACCAGGGUGCGCUCCAAAAGCCAUGAGCCGGAGGGUGGCGGCCGAUGCGGCGACGGACCGCUAGCACGCGCCAUGCAGCCAGCGCCGCCUGGUGGCUCACCCAAGCGACAGCCCGCCUCAGCGCCCGCGCACGGCGCGGCGGGCGACCAGUCAACGCUAAAGGUGCAUUUACCCAAUGGCGGGUUCAACGUGGUGCGCGCGUCUCCGGAGGAGGACGUGCGGUCUGUGCUGCGGCUGUUGGCGGCGCGGCUGGCCGCUGGUGACCGACUUUACGCGGCUUGCUAUGCGCUGAGAGCCAGGCGGCUUACAACUGGCAAGAUCCGAUGGAUCCACCAGGACACUGCGGUGUCGGAGCUAGCGGCGCGCUGGCCGGCCAGCGAAUGGCGGCUGGAACUGCGCGUGCGCUACUUGCCGGCCAACCUGCGCGACCUCUGCGACGCAGACCGUGUUACAUUCCAUUACUACUACGACCAGGUGCGACAUGACUACCUCAACGCCAACCAUCCAAUGGUGGAUCAGGAUUUGGCGAUACAAAUAUGUUGUUUAGAAAUAAAAUACUUUUGCAAAGAUAUGCAGAUAUCGUUGGACAAGAAGUCGAACAUAGAGUACUUAGAGAAGGAGUUUGGACUACACAAGUUCCUGCCCAAGUCUGUGCUCGAUGCUAUCAAACCCAAAGUUCUCAAGAAGGCCAUACAACAGCAAUUCAAAAAGGUGGCCAAUCUGAGCGAUGUAGAGUGUAUGUUGCGGUACGUGGAGACAAUGCACACUCACUAUGGCUACGACCGCGAGACCUUCACCGCGGCGCUCGGCGGAGGCUGGGCGAUACCUGUUGAACUCGCUAUUGGACCUGAUAUUGAUAUAUCAUACGUAUCUCACAAGGCGGGAGAGCCUCCAACUUACACUAAGAUAGCCUCAUUUAGUGACAUCGUCGCGCUGCAGACCCUCAAAUCUAACUGCACGCAGCAAUCACAGACACAGAGCGGUUCUUGUGGUAAGGGCGCGUUGCAGUUAAGAGUAAAGGGCGCCACAGAAACACUCACUAUCAUGUGCAGCAGUGUAGAGGCUGCAGAAAGUUUAGCUGACUUAGUGGACGGUUACUGCAGACUUGUUACAGACUCACAGACAUCUCUAUGGAAUAGAACUACAACCGUAUGGAAACAUCUAAAUUGUCAAUGUAAAACAGAAAUGAGCAGCAGUUCAUCAGAGGGUAAGACCAGUUCGUGGGAGGCGAACACUGCCACCAUACUGUCUGAAGACUAUGCGGAAAUUGUUGAUGAUGAUGCAGAUUACUCUACACCAGCAGUUCGAGAUUAUGAGUUGGUUCGUAACCAGAUAGAACUGACUGGUAUCAUAGGAGAGGGACAGUUCGGUGACGUGCAUAAAGGUACAUGUCGGGUGACAUCAGCCAACCACCCAUCUUUGCGACGACAACUUGCGCUGCAGAAGCAGCAGGGACGCGGCGCUGGAGAACAUGUGCUGCAUGUCGCAGUCAAGACCUGCAAGAUGGACGCUGAUCUAGACACAGCGGAGAAGUUUCUCGAAGAGGCUUACAUAAUGCAGCAGUUCUCACAUCCGCACAUCAUCGGUCUUGUCGGCGUGUGCAGUUCACCACCGAUAUGGAUAGUGAUGGAGCUCGCUACGUUGGGGGAAAUGAGAGCUUAUCUACAGCAGAAUGCGCACAGAUUAGAGACGUGUACUCUGGUCCUGUACAUCUACCAGCUGUCGACUGCACUCAGUUAUUUGGAGAGCAAGAAGUUUGUACAUCGAGAUAUCGCCGCUAGAAAUGUGCUCGUUUCCACUGCCACAUGCGUUAAGUUGGCGGACUUUGGUCUUUCGAAGCGGGUUGAUGACAAGUCGUACUACAAGGCGUCGCGCGGCAAACUGCCCAUCAAGUGGAUGGCUCCAGAGUCCAUCAACUUCAGGCGGUUCACCUCCGCCUCUGAUGUCUGGAUGUUUGGUGUAUGUAUGUGGGAGAUAUUGAUGCUGGGCGUGAAGCCGUUCAGCGGCGUCAAGAACAACGACGUCAUCGGGAAACUGGAGAACGGAGAGCGGCUCGCGUUACCUCCGCGCUGUCCGCCGCGACUCUACUCCCUCAUGUCGCGCUGCUGGGCUUACGAGCCCUCGCAGCGACCUGCAGCACACGCACUCAAGGAGACGCUCUUUGAGAUCCUGCAGGAGGAGCGCAGCACGGCGUGGGACACGAUGCGCCGCGAGAACCGCCGCGUGGCCGCCGCCUCCUGGGGCGACGACCCCCCGCCCAAACCCUCGCGCCCCCCGGCCAACCUGCCGCCGGUGUUAGAUUCGUCGUCGACGGCCGGAAGCGGCGCCGGGGCGGGCGGGGCGCCGCAGACGUACAUCGUGGCGCAGAACCCGCUGGUGCUGGCGCACUUGCUGCGGGAGAACCAGGCGCGCGCCAUCGAGCCCCAGGCGUACACCACGCCCGCAUCGGUAUUCAACACCGUCGCCGUCGACUUCGCCCCCGCGCUACCGGAGACCCAGCUGCCGCGUCGCGCCAUCCCCCAGCCCGACGAGCUCAUCGACAUCCCCCUCCACACGGCGCCCAUCCCCGCCGCCAGCCUGCACCGCCUCGACCCCCUCGCGCCCCCCGCCCCGACACCCGCGCCCCCCGACACGAACCCCCGCGACGAGACCCUCUCCGGCGUCGUCGACGCGCGCCAGAGCUGCGACAACCUCUGCCAGAACACCGCCCUCGAGCCCCGCCCGGACCUCUCCUCCCCGUGCCAGACCGAGACCGAUGUAUCCACCGACACUUACCCCAGCCGCGUGAGGUCUCUGGAGCGCAACACUAGGAGCUCCUUUUCCGCCGAGCGAGCGCCCAUCCGCAUGGGCUCGCUGGAGAGGAACCCCCGCGGUAGUCUCUCGCACCGCGGCUCCCCCGUGCCCGUCGCGCCCUUCACCAGGCAGCACUCGGUGCCCGCCUCCCCUCCCCCGCGCACUCGCCGCGACCAGGACGUGGGCCAGUUCUCGGUCCAGGGCUGCCUCAACGCCCAGCUGGCGGCCAGCGUCAUGAACAAGAUGCGCCAGCAGCCCGAUCCCCCCCUCGUCGAGGAGAUAUACGACUUCGGCGGCGAUAACGUCAAGAGCUGCGCGGCGAUCGCGGCGCAGAAGGCCAUGAAGCCCGCGUACCGCGCGGUCGCUACCGGCAUGGCCGCCUCACAGAGUCCAGAAUUCGAUACGGAGCAAGCUGUGGAAAAGAGACUGCUUGCAGAACUAGCCAGACAGCAACAUCAGAGUGAGGAAGAUAGCAAAUGGCUUCAGAUGCAAGAAGAUAACUUGAAAAGGUUAUCUAAUAUGCAAGUAGCUGUGGAAAGUGAACCGAACGAGCACAAGCCUUCAGAGCCGAGCGGACACGAGCACAGAUCUAGUCAGCCCCAAUCAGGAGCAAAUUCUUCGGAGACGAGUCCAGCGAACACAGUUAAAACGAAACCAAAACCAAUAGAAGAGAAAGGUGUGGGCGAGCCGGUGUACGCGGCGACGACCUGCGUAGUACGUGCUGUGAUGCGGCUGGCGGCGGCGGCGGGCGCGGGGGGCGCAGGGGGUGCGGGGGGUGCAGGGGGCGCGGCACCCCCCGCACUGCUGGCCUGCGUGCGCGCAGUGGGUCACGACCUGCGCGCCCUCUGCGCCACUGUUGACCUCAUCGUUGUACCGUACCCGCCCUCCGCACAGAGGGAGGUGGAGAUGGCGCACCAGGUGCUGAGCAAGGACAUGGCGGCGCUGGUGGAGGCGAUGCGGCUGGCUGUGCGCUACGCAGACACCACGCUGCAGCACGAGUACACCAAGAGCAUGCUUGCAGCAGCGCAUGUGCUAGCAAUGGACGCCAAGAACCUGCUCGAUGUGGUGGACUGCAUCCGCGACAGGCAUCCUGAGGUGGACUGGCGCGCCGCACUGCAGCCACCGGACACCGACCCCCCACACGCACCCCCCACUAACAUACACCCCCAACACACCCCCCUACAGGAGGACGAACCCCCACCACCAAAACCAGACUUCAAAAUAAACCAACCUGUCACAACAAUACUGACAACUGAACAUUCUUCUAAAGAGCACAACAGUCUUCCUGUUACAUCGAAUAGGGUGUCAACACUGAUACAUAAUUAUAAUUUAUAUGGCAAUGUUAGAGAACCUCAACAUAUAUAUGGCAACACUGAAGUGGGCGGCUCCUUCCAACAUUCGACGUCCUGUGAUGAUUCCAAAAUCGAUUUAGCACCUCUGGAAUCUGUUAAAAGUCGAGUACAAGCGAUAUCGGGGAAAACAGAACCCCCUGUAUACUCGAUUACCAAAAAAAUGGUCCCCGCUGAAAAUAAUGACGAAUGAUACAUUAUCGCUUUGUAGUGGAUAUUUUUUUUAACAUCUCUAAUGAGAUUCAAAUAGCUUUAUUUUUGGGGCUAUGAAGAGAUUAGACUUUAUUUAACGAGCAUUUACGAAUUAUUUUUGUUUACCCAGCUUCCGUAGUAUGCUAAUUACGCAAUCAACGUG